GAGGGACUGUUGUUGCGUGCAGCACUGCUGUCAUUUGGCUGCUGCACGGCUCAGCGGCAAGACGGUCUGGUGAAGGGAGGAGAGAAAACGAGGGAGUGAUAGAAAGAGGAGAGAGAAAAGGAGAACCAGGGCGGCAGCUGCUGUAGCCUGACAAGAAGGAACAGGAAAAAUAAAGGGCACACGGAAUUAACAUUCUCUUCCCAUGCAAGAGAGAAAGAGCUGCACUUUCGUCCUCUCCUCCAUGCUUUUGCUCUUCUCUCAUCCGGCCCUAAAUGCUCUCCGGUAGAGGAAGACACUUGGGGGUCGAAUAAAAGUCAGGCAGAGCAAGGGGACGUCAAGGGAAGGUGCGGGCAUGGCUGCCAAGAGGGGCAAGUCCGGUGUGCCACAAAGCGUGCCACGGAGCGAGCUGAAGGUGUACCGCGUGGGCAGCACAGAGGGACGCAUCCCGGUGCCGUCCAACCUUCGGAAACAGAGGUCCCUGACCAACCUGGCCGUGCUGACGGAUGCCGAGAAGAAGAUGCAACUCUAUGAGCCCAAAUGGUGCGACGAUAUGAGCAAAGCUGCCUCAGGACACCUGAAGAUGGGCAAGCCCAAACCGGCGGCCGGUGGAGGGGCGGGUGGUUCUCAACUUUCUCGCAACCUGUCCAAAUCGGACCACUCCCUCUUCCAGGGCAAGCCGAAGAUGUUCACCCCGCUUGUGGCACCUGGCGCUUUGGGAAAAGGCCCAAGUCGGAUCCCUCGAGGCCCUUACGUGGAAGUAAAACCCUUGAGCAAGACGUCCGAUGACUGCAAGUCCGACGACGAUAUCCUGUCCGCCAAAGCGAGUGGGAAAAAACCGGUAGCUGGUAGCUCCGGAGACCCGGAGGCUAAAGGUCAAGGUGAGGAAGGUGGCGAUAAACCCUUCCUCAAGGUGGACCCGGAGCUGGUGGUCACCGUUCUUGGUGACCUGGAGCAGUUGCUCUUCAGUCAGAUGCUCGGUCGGAUCCCUCGAGGCCCUUACGUGGAAGUAAAACCCUUGAGCAAGACGUCCGAUGACUGCAAGUCCGACGACGAUAUCCUGUCCGCCAAAGCGAGUGGGAAAAAACCGGUAGCUGGUAGCUCCGGAGACCCGGAGGCUAAAGGUCAAGGUGAGGAAGGUGGCGAUAAACCCUUCCUCAAGGUGGACCCGGAGCUGGUGGUCACCGUUCUUGGUGACCUGGAGCAGUUGCUCUUCAGUCAGAUGCUCGUGUGCGAUGUGGAGAGAGCAGGACCUUUGCUUUGGCUUCAUGUAGGAUGUGAUGUGGCACUGAAAGCGAAUGGAAAAGCCGGUCAUGAGGUUUGGGAGUGGCUGCGCCGUCACUGUGAAAGGUCCAGUGCAGUUUGUCUGGACAGCAGUGUCUGCUACGACAGUGAUGAAACCAAUGCUCGUAGCAUCUCCAGCCUCUCCAACCGCUCCUCUCCUCUCUCCUGGCGCCACGGCCAGUCCAGUCCUCGUCUGCAAGCCGGCGACGCUCCUUCCUCAACGGGCAGCAGCUAUGUGUCGGGCAGCAAGGCCUCGUCUCAGUACAUCUCUCACACCAUGCCUGCCCGCUGCUCCAGCCGGCUCAGCCACACGUCACGCAGUGAGUUCAUCGAAGGCAUGGACGCCGGAGACAGAGACCUCAAGUCUGGUUACCUGAGUGAUUCUGAUGUACAUUGCAAGAGCCUUAAUGACGACGACGAUGACGACAAUCUGGCCAAUGGUUGGGACGAGAGCAGCUCCAUCAGCAGCGGUUUGAGUGAUGGUUCUGAUAACCUGAGCUCAGAGGAGCUCAACGCCAGCUCGUCUCUCAACUCCCUCCCCACCACACCUGUCGGCUCGCGACGCAACUCCUCCGCCAUGUUGCGGACGGAUGCAGAGAAGCGCUCUCUGGUGGAGAGUGGACUGGCGUGGUAUAGCGAGGACAGUAAGUCUUUACGGAAGGCUGAUGGAGUUUAUGACACAGGCAGCUUAAAAUCAGAGCCUUCCAGCAAGUGGAGGAAAACCCGACUGCCGGAUGGUUCUCCGCAGGACAAGACGGGAAAAGGAGAACUGAAGAAACCUCAGAGUUUCGGACAACCUGGGAGCUACAAAAAGGGCCGCAAUCCUCCUGUGGGCGUCACCUCACCCAUCACACACACUUCACAAAGUGUGCUAAAAGUAGCAGUCCCUAAAGGAGACACUAAGGCAGUCGACAAGGUGAAAAUGUCCGUCAAGGCAACGGGUCUCCAGCGCUCCCGCUCCGACGUGAGCCGGGACAACGAGCACCGCAAGCCUCCCUCAGGUCUGGUUAAACCCUCCGCUGGCGGCUCCUUCGGUUAUAAGAAACCACCGACCACCGGAACGGCCACUUUCCUAACAGCAGGAGGCGCUACGAUCACGAGCGGCUCGGCCACUGUGGGCAAAACCCCCAAGUCCUCGGGCAUCCCCAUCAAACCCGUCCCAGGUGGAGGUGGGCGCAAAAGCAGCCUGGACGCCAGCGGCUCCGAUCAGGGGUUCCUUGCACCCAGCGCUCGCGGGAGCAUUCAGUAUCGCAGUCUGCCGCGACCUGCCAAAUCCAGCACUAUGAGCUUGACCGGACGCCCUUGCUCUCGCCCUGUUAGUGGCAGCAUCGACGCCAGUCUCCUCACCCUCAAACCUGUACCGCCUCUGUCCAACACCAUGCCCACCAGAGGAAGAGAAGGAGGCAGCUUGAAAGCGGCUAGUCGCCCGAGCACCACGGGACCCGUCAACCAAACGGACCGAGAGAAGGAGAAGGAAAGAGCCAAGGCCAAAGCCAACCUGGAGAUCAGCUAUCUGAAGGCCGAGAACCAGAGCGACAGCUGUGGAGAGACUGUGGAGAAGAUCCACCGAGUGCGGAGGACGAGCACGAGUAAAUACCCAGAACUGAGCUCUCCGACCAGCACACCAAGGUUGUUGAGCAGUAAGUCUCUAGUUCAUCCUCCCAGCCUGGCUCACCUAGACAAGCUCAACUCCAACAGUCUGGACUCCUGUAUCAUCAUCCAUGACCUUCCUCCAAAGAUCCCUCCCUACUCCAAGCUGCAGGACCUGGCGGGCUCCCGCGUGUCCCCUCGACUCACCCCGAGCCCCGCGCCGGUGCUCCACAUCGACUCUCCCAGUUGUUUCUCAGGCCAGGCGCUGUCGGUCAGCAGCUCCCCCAUCCUCUACCCCAAGAUGUCCGGCCUGCACCGCAGCAUGGAGUCGCUGCCGCUUCAUAUGAGCGUCCCCGCCAAACCUGAUCUGGGACACCGGGAAGAAACCAGGAAUACUGGGACGUGGGGCGCAGGCAGUCGGACGUCCAUCACUUUGGGCGACAGUUUACAAACUGAUAGGAACACCUUUCCCAAGAAAGGAUUAAGUCGCUGUGGCAGCGGCCAAUCAGAGGGAGAAGUGAGGGAACGCCGUCAUUCCCACACGAUCACCAGCAUGACGGAUUCAGAGAGCCCGCCGCAGCUGCCCUCACCGACACACGUGACGCAGCCCUUCCUGGGAAAAACACUGCCGACCAACGUGGUGGCACCAAUCCCGAGUUCAGGCUCCGGUUCCCAGAUCACACGCUCCAACAGCAUCCCGGCGAAUGACAUGGGAUACGAGCUGUACGGCACGUCUCCUCUGGGCAGCUCUCUGUCAAAGAGCAUGAUGAGAUCUGGAUCCUUCAGAGAGCCGAGUGAGGAUGUUCAUGGAUCUGUGCUGUCUCUGGCCUCAAAUGCCUCAUCCAACUACUCGUCGACUGAAGAGAGAAUGCAAGGAGAGCAAAUCCGGAUACUGAGGCGUGAGCUGGAGUCGUCUCAGGAUAAAGUGACCAGUCUGACCAACCAACUCUCAGCAAAUGUACGCUGCAAAACAGAUUCUGAGCUAGUGGACCUAAGGGAAACCAUAGAAGUCCUAAAGACCAAUAACACAGAAGCCCAGUCCAUCACUCAAGGGGCCCUCAAUGUCCCCGACACCACACCCAAAGAGCUGCAGAUCGACCGGCAGAACUCGUCAGAGAGCAUCUCCAGUCUGAACAGCAUCACCAGUCACUCCAGCGCCGGCAGCCUGAAGGAACAGGAGGCCAAGAAGAAGAAGAAGAAGAGCUGGGUCUAUGAGUUGAGGAGCUCCUUCAACAAGGCCUUCAGUAAAAAGGGUUCCAAAGCACCUUACGCAGAUAUAGAGGAGAUCACAACCCCGGUCACAUCCGCCCCAUCUUCACCCAAAAUCAUCCACAAUGUGGAUAAUGCCUCGGCUUCAACAUCAGGCAGUACUUCACCUUAUUCCAGUUAAUCGUGCGAGGGUCAUGAGGACACUGAGCAUGAAGUGAAAGUGGUGACAGAGUUACGCUCGGAACUGUGGGAGAAAGAGCGCAAGCUGACGGACAUCCGUUUGGAGGCGCUAAGCUCCGCCCAUCAGCUGGAGCAGCUGCAGGAGGCCAUGACCAACAUGCAGAUGACGGUGGAAAACCUGAAGGCGGAGAAUGACCAGCUGAAGACGGUUGGCCCCUCCUCCAGACCUCCGAGCUCCACCUCCCAGUCCUCUGGGCUCGGUUCAUUGGGCGUCUCAUCACCACAGCAAUCGGUGUCGUCUUUCGGCAAGGGACAGACUGAGCCUUACCCAGAUGUCUUUCAAAGCCCCACCACGACUUUGCAGAAGGAUGAAAGUCUCGUCAGAGUGUUGGUUCGCAUACCCAAUCUGCACCUAUUCAAAGACGAGGUGAAACAGCUGGAGUUUUUCAUAGGCGCGGUUCAAAUCAGCGGACGGACAGACUGGUUUGCUCUGGACUCUGCAGUUAUCCAGGCUUUUAAAGAGUAUUUAGCGGUGGUGGACCCCGGCUCCAGUCUCGGUCUCUCUCAGGACUCCAUCUACAGCUACAGCCUAAGCCACGUGAAGAGGGUUCUGGGGGCGCAGCCGCCCGAGACGCCGCCUGUGCGCCUCUACAGCAAAGGCUCCUCCUGCAUCAGCGUGACUCUGAAAGGACUGAAGGAGAAGUGUGUGGAUGUUCUAGUGUUUGAGACACUCAUCCCCAAGCCCAUGAUGCAGCAUUACAUCAGUCUGCUGCUCAAGCACCGGCGCUUGAUCUUAUCGGGCCCCAGCGGCACAGGGAAGACCUACCUCACCAACCGCCUCGCCGAGUACCUGGUGGAGCGCAGCGCUCGAGAGGUUACACCCGCCAUCACCACCACCUUCAACAUGCACCGCCAGUCCUGCAAGGGGGCAGGGUUGAGCUAA